AUGACUCGGGCGAAAUGCAAGGAUGGCAUCAAGAAUAUCUUGAAGUUGAGUUCUUGCGGCAUCGUUCCACCCGCCUUGUAUGAAUCUGGCGCGGCUGUUUUCGUCGUGAUCGAGCUGGCAAACUUGUUCAUCAAGAAUCAGCCAGAAGCAGCGACAUCUCUCGCUCAACAUGAAAAGUUCAUACCAGACAAUCGCUUGUGCGUCAUUUUCGAGUCUCGAGUUGCCUUUCGAGUACAUGCGGCGAAUCAUCACCGAUUUCGACUUAUUCUUCGCCCUCUUCGUCAACCUGCACAUGUUGUUCAACUAUUCAACGCUUCCUUCCGCGAUCCCGGCUACACUUCUUCCCGCUUCUACUUCUCCAGCCGCAACUGCUCGAAAUUUAUCUCCCCGAAGCCGACUUGCUCGCACCACUGCUCCGUCUGCGCCAAAUGCGUCAUUCAGAUGGACCACCACUGGAUCAACAACUACGUGGGCAAUUUCAAUCGGCGCUACUUCUUCAACUUCUGCCUGCUCCUCAUCUCCGAACGCCAGACCACGCUUCAGCGAAUGCAUCCGACAAAAGCCCCUUCUCCGCGCAGCCGCUGCUUCGAGAACUGGCUCAAGUUCUACAGCAUCCUUACCUUUAGCCCAUUUUUUACCCGAUUUCUGAUUCCUUCACCUCAUUUGCCAAUCGACAGCGGUGUCCCGGAGCAUCUGAGCCAACUUCCGGCAGACCUCUUUACGAAAAGAGUAGAGAAAGGAUCCCAUAUUUUUUUGUUCAGACAGUGCGUUAUCGGAUUGAAAAUGAAGCCUUCACCCCACUUCAAAUCGCCGAAGAAGACUUCUAACAAAUCAUCCAACUCGAAGCUGGCCUCAGAUCUUGAUCCCGACCAACCAACGCCGAUUCCCCAACGAAAGAUAAGAUUUGCGAAGGAAUCAACUGAGAUUUCCCCUGAAAUACCGUUACCGGAGCUUCCCCAAUCUCAGGGGAGCACGGAUGGCUGGGUAAACUCUGCUCUUGCUUCUUCACAAUCCUCUGAGAACACCCUGGGAUCCGAAGAAGAGAUCGAUGGAAUUUCCGUAUCAGUCAGUGGUGAACUUUUCGAUAAUGAGCUGCAGCCAAUGGAUACUACGCAGAUUACCCAGCAAGACCAAGAAAAAGCUAACUACUCUCAAGGCUCCUCCGUCUACAAAACGCCUGAAAAGAGUCUACCGAAAACGCCCAGUAAGACUGAUCAAUCAGCACCCGCUACGGCUCCACAGCCCUCGAGAAACCUUCGUCGAAUCCUCUUCAAUGAAAAUCAGACAGGGAGAUCAAAAAAGGUGAUGAAAAGCAAAGCGAGGAAAUUCGACAAUAAAUCGAAUAGACGAAACAACACGUCAUCGAAACAUUACACGAUUGACGAUAUUUUCAACGAUCCGAUCGUUCCAAACUCGACUUUUCCAAGCGCCAAGAAGAAGCCCUUAUCAACGAAGAACGCGAUGGUCGAUUUGACGAAAUCGAAGAAACCGAGGAAAUCAGAACAGUGGUCGCCCGUGCCGCUCGCGAUAAUGCGAGGAUUGAGGAACGAAUCGGAGCCUUUCAGAUUGAGGAGAAAUCGGAAGAAUGCUUUUUCUGAAACGGCGCCUGUUGAGCCAACUCAAACUCGGAAAAGCAUCGGCGACUCGUUUCUCGACAACACUGUUACCGUGACCAAUCUUCCUUCCGAGAGAAACGCUGCUGAUACGACAAAUCCCGAGUACGAGACAAUUGACCGCUCUUUAAAUGUCACCGCUGGUACCUCCGAACAGCCUGAGCCUGCUUUCUCUGGCUCUUCUUCAGAUGUUUCCUCCAGAAGAAUGGCACGCAAGGACGAUAAAGGCUCUUCAAUUGCUGAUGCUGUAAAAACCGCUUCAAAUCAACGAGAAGAGUCUGACGAGUCAAGCCGACCAGCUACGCGAGCAGCGUCAGUCCGAAUAGCUUCGAGGGCAGCGUCAAGCCGAAUUAGCCAAGCUAUAUCAAACCAUAUCAACCCGCCGAAAAGAACGAAGUGGACAGAAGACGAGGACGGCAAGCUGAUAGAAGGCCUCAAUCUAUACGGAAAAAACUGGAAAAAGAUCGAGCUCGACGUCAGGGAUGCCGAAGAACUCGAAAAGGUGUUCAAAGAUCACAAGAUCACGGCGGUUCUUCAUUUCGCCGGACUCAAGUCUGUUAACGAAUCGGUCUCGCAACCCCUCGAGUACUACAACAACAACAUCUCGGGGACUUUAAUUCUGCUUGAAAUCAUGAUGAAGUAUGGAGUCAAGCAGUUUGUCUUCUCCUGCUCCGCCACCGUCUACGGACCACCAGAACAAAACCCAGUCGAUGAGCCGCAUCGUGUCGGCUUCGGAAUCACCAAUCCCUAUGGAAGAACAAAAUACUUCAUCGAAGAAAUUCUCCGAGACGUCGUCAUUGCUGAUCCUGAAUUGCGUUGCGCUGAAAAUAUCUCGAAGGUUCUCUAUCCAAAUGACAAUUUCUUCGAAGGAAAAGAACUUCGUCUCAAGCAAGAGUAUUUCGUUAUCUGUGCUACGCUUCAGGACAUUGUCAGGCGAUACAAGAGCUCAAAGUUCGGAUGCAGAGAUUCUGUCAGAACUCAGAUCAUUUAUCUGAUCAACGCCCGUCAUUUGAAGGACGUCGCAAAAGUUCAUGACAACAGUUCAAGAGUACACGAUCCCAAUCUUUCUGCAAAACAAAGAUGUGAUGUGCGAAGCCGUCACCGGCUCUGGAAAGACGCUGGCCUUCCUUUGCCCGCGCUGCACAAAAUGAUCUCUUCCGGGGCAAAGGACAAGAACUCCUUCAUCGUCAUUUCUCCGACCAGAGAGCUCGCCAAUCAAACUCACAAAGUUUUGCUGCGAUUUCUCGAUGUUCUUGAAAAGUACACGGCGAUGACCUGCAUCGGCGGAGUAACAAAGAUCCAGGAAGACAUGGAAAUGCUGGAAAAGUCGACUCCAGAUGUGAUCAUCGCGACUCCGGGAAGAAUGGACGAUUUGAUUAAACGAUCCGAUGUGCUCAAGGCGAAGCUGAAGACUGUGGAGAUGUUGAUUAUCGACGAAGCGGACCAGAUUUUGGACAUUGGUUUCGAAAAAGCGAUCAAUUUCAUUUCGUCAAAUCUUCUAAAGCAGCGGCGAACCGGUCUUUUCUCCGCGACGCUGAACGAAAACGUCCUCCGUCUGAAAAAGGCUGUUACGACGGAUCUGCUCUGCCGCGGCGUCGAUAUUUCCGGCGGCGUCGACUACGUCAUCCAGUUCGAUCCUCCAACCUUUGCUCCAAACUUUGUCCGCCGCGCUGGCAGAACCGCUCGCGCUGGAAAAAGCGGAGAAAACCUGGUCUUGGUGACUCCGUCGGAGCACGAGCAAAACUACCUCGAAUUCAAACUCAACCAAAAAGUCGGCGACAUGGUCGUGUUAAAAGAAGAUUUCGAGAUUUUGGAACUGGAGAAGAGGGCGUUCCCGAGCUUUUUUUGUGCUUACAAAGCGCACGAGUGCAAAUACAUUUUCCGCGAAAAAGAGCUGAUCAAAAGUAUUAGUGAUUAUGCGCUCAUGUUCGGUCUUUUGAAAAUGCCAAAAAUGGCCGAGCUGAAGAACAAGGACAUCUCAAACCACGUCCACCAAUUUGAAUAUCUUUCCCAUCACUUGUACGGCUCAAACUGCUUUCCGCUAAUCGCCAAGUUUUUCAACCAGAACAUGACGGUUUUCGUCACUCAAAGAAAUCAAAUUCCAAAGGUGGACUUGCGAAAUGCUUUUCGAGGGCUGCCGAUCAUCCAAGCGCUGAUAGAACGAGCAACUGAAGAGCAGAUGCUCUACUGCUGGCGAAACAUAAUCCCUUCGAUUUGUUUCUUGAUAAUUCUCGUGAAAAUCAUGAAAGAAAACGUCGUUCUCGAUUCUCGGCGACGAGAGCAAUUCGGAAACUUACUCCUCAAUCGCCUGGGAAAAGCCAAUCAAUCGCCAAUCCGAUGGAGCAGAACUUAUGGAACCACUUCAUUUUUAAAGAGUUUGAGGACAGGGGAAGUUGAGCGAAUCUGCCGAGAAUCGAAUUGCUACGAGCCUGAAAAAGUCAAGAACUUCUUGAAAGAGCAGAAAAUGUGGGACCAACUUCCUUUGAUAAUCGUCUGCGAUCGAUUCGACUUUGUCCACGACUCGGCUCUCCAUCUUUACAGAAAUAAUCUCCAGAAAUACAUCGAGAUCUACGUCCAGAAAAUUAACUCAUCUCGACUCCCUCAGGUCAUUGGUGGGCUUUUGGAUGGCGACUGCGAGUCAGAUGUGAUCAAGAGCCUUAUCAUGGUUGUCCUAGCUCCUUCUCCCGUGGCGAGAGUCGCGAAUAGCUGA